AUGGCGCGUAAACAAAAAGAUCUGGAAACAACUAUAGGAAGAAAUGGUGUCCUAAAUUAUAUUACGUUUAUGAAAUCUUCAUAUCCUAGUGAAUACGCAUUUCCUGUUAAAGAGAACUACUUUAAAGAAUAUCUUAAUUACAAAGUUAAAAAGGGCAAUUUAAAGGCUUUUUCCUUGCAACUAUACAUCACAAAUAUUAAAGCUCAUAAUAAAGCUCUCGGAUUUAGUUGGAAUUACUCUACAUUUGAUGCUAUUACAAAAGAAGCAUUGAAUUCACUAGAGCGAAUAGACAACUCAGUUUCUCCUAAUCUGGCCAUACCCCAACUUCAGAGUUCGGAUUUUCUUAAUGCUCAAUCCAGGCAAUUUUAUCCAAGCUUUCCUGCUAUUAAUUUUCCUCUGGAUAAUAAUCGAUUUAUUGUACAAGAAAGUGAUGCACGUCCAUUUCUCCCAUCUGGAUUUAAUGCUGAGAAUUUCGUCUCUCUUCCCAGUGGUAUUAAUUCCUGCAUUCAAUCAAUGCAUUUACAACCUAAUCAAUCUGAUACACAACAAAUUAUAUCAAAUAACAACUUUCUUUGUAACUUGAGUUCCCUUGAUAUCAAUCCUUCUCACCCACUUGACACUAGUGCUAUCCGACAAAGUACUUUCUUCAAUCAAUUGUCUAAUUCUCAUAGUAUUCCAGAAUUCGAAAAGCAAAUUCUUGACACACUGAAGCAACAACAGAGAAAAUUUCUAUUGCAACAAACCAAAUUUAUGAUGCACAAAAAAAAAUUAUUUAUUUAUUCAAUUUAA